UUUUUUCCUUUCCUCGAGCUGAUCUUUACGCUCCUUUUCCCGCCCCACAGGUCUCCUGUGAGCCGUCUCGCGACUCAGCUUAUUUAGCCUCUCGUUCCCGCCUAGCGCCCGUGCCAAACCCAGGUGAUUAUCCAUCCAUCCCGUUCUCCCCGCGGUCCCGGGGAGAAACGACAGAGCGACAAAUCCCUCCCGGUGCUUCUCUGCUCUCCCCCUCCUCCUCUCUCCCCCUCCUCCCCCUCUCCUCUCCUUCUCUCUCUCUCCUUCCCGCCAGCCAUGAUCCGUGGCGGGCUAAUUCCCAGACGGUCUCCUUCUCAUCACCCUCUUCCUCCUCGCGGGCCCGAGCUAACCCUAACGAACGCCCGCAACUAACUCGCCCAACCAAGCUCUUCCGGCUUCCUGUGUGUGUGAGAGAGAGGGCGUGAGUGUGUGUGUGUGUGUGUGUGUGUGUGUGUGUGUGUGUGUGUGUGUGUGUGUGUGUGUGUGUGUGUGUGUGUGUGUGUGUGUGUGUGUGUGUGUGUGUGUGUCGUCAUGUCGGGGAUGACCAGCGGUGUGUGUGUGGACAGCGACCUCUCCUCCAUGCUACAGAGGGGAGGCCCUACACACACCCAUCACCCCAAUCACCAUGGUUACGGCAGCCAGGGACAGGUGGGCUGCUCCUCCCUGGCCCCCUCCAUGCUGGACUACAGCGCCGAGAUGGAGCGCUACCGCAACUCCAUCGCCAGCUUCUACAAGACCAACGUCAACAUGAACGUGGCCAACUUCCCGCAGUCGGCCAAGCUGGCCGCCCGGCUGGCGGCGGCCACGCCCAUCUUCCCCCCGACCGCCGCCCGGAUCAGCGCCAUGGCGUCCGCCCCCUGGGGUUGCCCCGACAACAUGAACGUCAACAUGAACCACCCGGCCGCCAUGUUCUGGGGCCGGCCCAAGUCCCACCACCACCACACGGCGGGCGGCGGCGCCGGUCACGUGACCACGCACCCCCACCGGACCAGCAUGCACCAGGGCGUGGGGGCGGGAGGGGGAGGAGCGAACGACGGGGAGGGACCCAGCAAACACGGACACGCCGCCACCUCACUUCCUGCCGCGCAGGAAGCCGCGCACCAUCAUCCCAUGGCGCAUAGCAACGGCAACUUCCUGCCAGGUUACGGUGGCGGUGGGGGGGGGCCAGGGGGGGAGUGCGGGGGGAUGAACAAGCAGGGCCACGCCCUGCCGGACAUGAUGGGCCUAUCGGACGGCAGCGGCUUCCUUGGGGGGCUUGGCCUGCCGCCCGGGGUCAUCGUCAUGGCGAUGGGGUCGCCGGGGGGCGGAGUCUCGGACUCCAGCAGCGCCUUCCAGAUGACGGGCGGCCAACAGCAAGCUAGCUCCUCCCCCUGCCCCUCCUCCUCCCCCUCCUCCUCGGGGGUAGCAGGGGCCGGGGGCGGGGCUUCGUCGUCAGGGACGGUCGCUAAGAGGAAGAGGAAGCGUUGCGGGGUGUGCGGGCCGUGCAGGCGCCUCAUUAACUGCGGCGUGUGCUCUUCCUGUCGGAACAGGAAGACGGGUCAUCAGAUCUGUAAGUUCAGGAAGUGUGAAGAGCUGAAGAAGAAGGCUGGAGGACUGGAGCGCCCCCCCUCUGUUCCGACCGGCGAGGCGUUCCGUUGGUUCUUCUAAAAUCCUUCUUCACCAAUGGGAGAUCAGAGAGAGGACAACCAGGAAGUUGGCGGCACCGUAAUGUGUCCCACAGUCAGGAUAUUUGGAUUACGACCGACUGUUUACAACCCCAAUGCAAUUUGUACAAACUACAAAUCAAAUGUUACCAGAAUCAGGACUUGCUGAAAGAGGAGGAGAUGAUGGUGGUUCCAUGUUGGCUUAGUCCGAUUCAGAUCUCACCCACUAGCUAGCCUUGUUAAACCAGCUAGCCAUUUUAAACCAGUUAGCAUCGUUAAAAAAAAAGGCUAGCUUUGUUCAUCAAACUAGUUUUAUUAAACAAGCUAGCCAUGCUGAACAAGCUGGCCGUGUGAAUCGCGCUAGCCUUGUGAAACACGGUAGCCUCGUUCAACAAUCUAGCCAUGUUAAUCAAACUAGCCUCGUAAACAAGCUAGCCGUGUCAAUCAGGAUAGCCUUGUUAAACAAGCUAGCCUUUUUAGCAGUUCAGAUGAAUACCAGUUAGCGUCGGAGCAGAGUCAGUCAGGCUAGCUGGCUAGCCAUGUUACUUGUCUCUUCAUACCUCUCAACCAUUCACAGCUAACGACUAGCCGUACUUUACUUUCAGUCCAUCAAUGUGAUCUUUACCUCAACUAAAAGCCUGGCGUUAUUAUUGUGUAAAAUUGAUCUAAUAGCCCAUAUCAGGUGGGCAGCAUAAUCCUUCCGGAGAAUACAUUAAGCAAGUUCCACAAAAUGAUGUGACUGGGGAGCAUUUCCUACACCGCCAAGAUUUGUCACUUUCGAAAAUCUCUGUUGAAGACGACAAUCCGAACAUUGUUUGUGAUUGGUCCGAAAAUCAAGGAGGGCGUGAUUUAUUUCGGUUUUAUUUACCGCAAUUCCGAUUUCCCUUCUCCUUGGAGACUGCUUUUAACUCAUGGAACAGUCAGUGAUCAAACUACAAAUCGAGUUUGCCAACAAGAAACUUCUUGCGUCUCAGCCAACCAAAAUGUUUGUAAUUUAUUUUGAAAUAUGCUGACCCCUUAAUCCAAACUUCACAUUAGUGUGUCAGCUCACAGCCAGGUGUCUCCUAUCCUCCCGAAGAGUCCAGAUUAUCUCUGUGGAGCCAACAAGGACCAAGUUUUAUAAAGACUGUACCCUGUAGCCCUGAAAAGGCCUGCUGGGAACAAAACAAUGAACUGCAACUUCUCCAGGACUACAAUACCCAUAUCACUGUUGUGUGUCCCCACUGUCUACCUCCUGGGCCAGAAUUCAAAAUGCACAUUGUCGACUAAAGGACGAUUGGUGACUCGCUUUGACAAACACAUUGACAUUGCAGCUGUAGACCAGAAUCAAGAGAAUCUGGAUGAGGCGUCUACACUGGAUUGGUCGUCGGUGUGUAAAACACUGUUGGUGAA